AUGGACGACGAGCGCCGGCGGUCGCUGACGAGGCGGCCGCCCAGCCCACCGGACUACAUGCGCGAGCGCCGGCGCAAGACGCACCACCAGCAUGAGGAGGCGCGGGACCGGAUCCGGCAGAGGUCCCUCAAGGCGGAUGGUGGUGGCGAGAGUGGCGGCCAGUCGGACGCGCUUGCCCGGUGUCGGGUGCAUGUGGCCGGGCACACUCGGCCCUCGGGCCCGGAGCUGGAGCGCCUGGUCUUGCUGCACGGCGGCCACCUUGCGCCCUUCCUCGGGGGUGGCUGGGGCGCGGCCGGCGGCCAGGCGCCCGGUCCGGCCCGGGUGACGCACAUCGUCUUGGACCCGGGGGCCGACCCGGCGGCGGUGGCCCGGCACCUGCUGCAGGGCCCGGACGCGGCGCAUCUUGUCACGCCCGAGUGGGUGACCGCCUCGGCGGCCGCCGGCCGGGCGCUGCCGGAGUGGCGCUUUGCUCCGCCCUCGCGAGCUGGCGCCUCGAUUGGCGCCCACUUUGCCCCGGGGGACCCUUCGUCGGGCGACCGCGCCGCGGCUCACGCCCGGGACCCGGCUGCCGAGGGCCCGAAAGCCGGAGCCACAUCCGGCGCCGGGCCAUGUCCAGGCACGCGCGCCGCGGACCGGGCACAGCCGCUCGCCCCGGCACGGGGGGCAGCUGCGGCCCCGGUCGAGGCAUGCACCGAAGACCGCCGGGUGGAGCCUCCCAGCCACCGAGACCAGUCCCAUGCCCGGGACCGGCAGCCCGACUCGAAGGCAUGGCCCGGGGAGGCCCGGCCGGCAGCCCGGCCCGAGCCACCCCUCGCCGCGGGCGCGUCUCCGGACGGGCGGCCGCAUGCCCCGAGCGUCGAUGGGGCCCGGCGGCCCGGGGCGUCGCCGGCCAUGCCGCCACCGCCGGAGCGCCUGAUGGCGGAAUGGCUGGCGCGCUUGCGCCGGCGAGGCCUGCUCCCCUGGUCGACGUCCGCGGGCGAGGGCCUCGGCACGGGGCCGCACGAGCGCUGGUGGGCAUUCAUCCGGGUGCGAGACUUCCUGGCCGCGGCCCACGCGCAGUUUUUCCUGGGUCCGGCGGCCGCGCGGCCGCCGGACCUGCCGGUGGUCGUGGUGCAUGGCCUGCCGCCGGGGCAGCCGGCCGCCGACCUGGCGCCAGACCCCCCCCACACGGAGCUGUUGGCGGCGGUGGUGGUGGUGGUGGUGGCCAUGAACCGGCCGGCCCAGGAGCGGCUGGGCGUGCGGCUGGGCGAGCGACUGGCCGACGUGCAGCGGCGUCUGGCCGGCGGCCGGGUGGCUGUGCAUCCGGCUGGCGGGGACCACGCCCCGGCCGAGUCGGCCGAGCCGGUCGCGCUCCAUGUCCUGCCCUUCCGGCCGGCGGUGUGUUCGCGAAUGUCGGCCGAGGUGGCGGCCGUGCUGCGGGCCGCCGCGCGGGACUUUACCGCCGCCGCCGGGGCGCGCAUUCGCCUGGCGUGCAUCUCCCAGCGCGACAUGCUGCUGGAGGUGGUCACGGCCCGUGGUGGUGGUGGUGGUGGUGGUGGUGGUGGUGGUGGUGGUGGUGGCCCGGGCGGGGGCGAUGGCCAUGCGCGCCUGCUGGCGCACAUCGCCACGGCGGCCGACCGUGGCCCCGGGCCUGGCCGCCAUGCUCUGCUGGUGGGAUGCGGUGGGACGGCCACCCUGGCCUUUCUGGCGGCCCUGCGACCGGGCCCCGGCGACACGCCGGAGGACAUUCUCCGGCGCGCGUCGCCGGCGGACCUCGGCCUGCCGGGGUUUCUGUGCUCGGCCAUUGAGCAGCGCGUGCUGCUGCUGGCCGGGGCCGUCGAGCCCGGGGCCUCUGCGGCGCCCCGGCCCCGGGCCCGGGCCCCAGGCCCCCGAGCCCUGAACACGGUCUACCAGGAUGCCGAGGCUGCCGGGUCGGGCCGGGCGGCGGGCCCGCCGCCCGGCCCGACGACACCCAGCACGCCCCCCCUCUCGCUGCUGGAGGUGGCCCGGCACCUGUCGGGACGGGCGCUGGAGGAUCUCCUCCGGCAGCACCGGCAGCGCCUCCUGUCGGCGGACUCCUGCGCCGAGGCCACGGCCAGUCGGCUGUUGGACGCCAUGCGCGGCCUGGACACCCCGAUGGGCCUGGGCGGGCGGGGGGGCUCCGGCCCGGCCGGGGGGGCUGACGGGCCGCCGCUGGCCCCGGGCCCGGCCUGUGGUCUGCUCUUUCGCCGGGACCCGGGCGCCCUGCUGGCCGCUCUGGGCCCCAUUGGCCCGGCCCUCACACGGGCCGAGGCCGACAUGCUGACCCUGCCGCCGGCGGCCGUGGCGGCUACCACGACCACAGCAGCUCCCCGGGGCCAGUCCAGCGGCAGCGCCUGGGAGCAGGCCCUCGACUGGUGGUGGUGGCUGCCGGUCGAGAGGUGCCUCUUCCGCCGGCACCGGGCGCGCCUCCUGCGGGACCAGCGCCAGCGCCGGCAGUCCAGCCGGGCGGCCGCCCUGGAGCCGGACUACGAUGAGGAGGAUCUCCUCCGCGAGAUGGAGUCGGCCCUGGGCCAUGGGGCUGCCGGCUCGCGGCCGGCCGGCUCGGGCUCCGACACCGGCCCCCGGGCCUCGGCUGCUGCUCCCAUUGGGCACGCCCGGCCCCCGGUGAUUGUCCCGGCGCCCCCCGGCCGACCAGCCGGCGGCCCGGUGGCCGCCGAGCCAGGCCCCAUGCACAGGGGCUCCCCCCCCUUGCCGCAGGGGGCCGACGGCUCUCCGCGGGGCCCGAGCGCCGAGGCCGUCGACGCCAGCCCCUCCGGCUGGGGUGCGGCCACCGGUGGCGCGCUGGCCACAGUCCCCCCCCUCAGGCUGGGCUUGCAUCCAAAAGCCGCGGCCAGUGCUGAUUCGGCUCCCGGGCGGCCGCCGUCCGCCGCGGGCAGUGAGCCUGCUUGCUCUCGAGUCCAGGGGCAAGCGGCCCAAGCGCCGGGGGGGCCGCCCCGGCCCGGGGCUGCCCUCUUGUCGCCGGGGAAGCACCAAGCCGAAGCACCGAUCCCCCGCCGGCCGGCAGAUCUUCUGGGGGGCCUGCCCUGGGCCGACGCGGCUCCGCCGGCGGUCCCGGCAGAAGCGCACACCCUCCAGCGGCAGGCCCCCUGCCAGUCGGAGGCGACACAUGCUGGCGGCCGGGGAGGGGGGCCGGUCCCCGGCGUGCCCGCCGCUCUGGCGGAGGGGCUCCCUCCCUCGACCGGGGCGGGUCUUUGGCCGGGGUCGCCCUCGUCCGGGCUGGCCCCGGCGCGAGAGACUGCCCCGCGGGAAGCCGGCUGGCUGCCGCCCGGAGGCGAGGCCCCCGGGCGGCUGUCGGCCGUGACCCCGCCGGGCCGGGGGGCGGACCCACCACCGGCCUGCCUCUCGCCCAGCAGCAGCCGGAGCCCCCCGGCCUCGCCCGGAGGGGCGACAUGCGCCCCUCCGGGCGAGGCCACCACGGGCCACCAUGAUGUGUCGGCUGCCGCGGCUGGCCACGCCCGGGGGCCGGCGCCCGUGGAGGAGAUCCCCGCCGCCACUGCGCCGGAGGGGCUGCCGUGUGUCUCCCGGGCCGAGGUCGGCCCCGGCCCGGAUGCCCCGGGGUCCGGGCUGCCAUCGGGGUCCUGCUCACCGGUGGCGGUGUCCAACACCCCGGGGGGGCUGCUGGCACCGCCACUUCGGGACCUGGACCCGGACACCUUCCUCGAACUGCCGACCGACAUCCAAGUGCAGGUAGUUGCCUUUCACCUGGCCGAGGUCCGAGGGCGACUGGGCUCCCGGGCCGAAGGGCCGGCCGGCAUGUGGGCCGGGCUCCGGCCGGCCGAUGACCAGCACCUGCCUGUGGUGGCCAUGCGGCAGCUCCUGCGCGAUCAGGCCGCCACAUUGGAGCUGCUCCGGCGGGUUCUGCCUUGUGUCGGGCGGCCAGCCGCCGAGCCGGCGCCGGGGCCGGCCCCGGCGCCGAGGGAGGCCACCGCCACCGGCCCGGACGGGAGCCCCCCGGCGCCGGUGAACGCCCAGCCCGGGCCCAACCCGGCAUUCGGCCAGGCGGCCGAUCGUCUGCUCGAGCAGCUGUCCCAGGGCCGGCUCCCGCUGCAUGCAGGGCUGGCCCUGCUGCGGGCCUGGCGCCGGGCCCUCGACCACGACCACGACCACGACGGCCGGGAGGGCCCCUGCGAGGCGGACCCGUGCGCCUGCCGCGGCGCCGUCCUGCCGGAGUGCACCCCGCGUGCCGUGGACGAUGGCAGUCCCGCCGAGGGCGUCGGCGAGCCGCCCCGGGGCCCCGCGGCCUGCGUGGCCGCCGCCGGCGCAUGCUGCCCCUGGCACUGCCGGGCCCCGGCGUGGCGUUUCGCCCUGGCCCUCGAGGAAGCCGGGCGACGUCGGUGGGGAAGUCGGCUGAAGCCAUCGCACUGA